CGCCAGGAGUGGAAGUAGAGGAAACCAUCAGCGGCAUCAGCAGGCUGCCAUUAUUCAAACAUACAGACAAAUAUCUGUAAAUACACUUUUUUAGGAACAAGACAAAGCGCUUCUGUCGCGCCGCUGGCCGCUGAUUCCCCCACACAGAGAGCAAAAUGACGGCGGCGGUGUUUUUCGGCUGCACCUUCAUCGCCUUCGGCCCAGCUAUCGCUCUGUUCCUGUUUACCAUCGCCCGGGAGCCGCUGAGGGUCAUUUUCCUCAUAGCAGGAGCGUUUUUCUGGCUGGUGUCUCUGCUGCUGGCCUCUCUGGUUUGGUUCAUCUCAGUCCAGAUCAGUAAUAAGGACAGCCCGAGUCAGCAGAAAGGUCUCCUCAUCUUCGGUGUGGUGCUGUCCGUCCUGCUGCAGGAAACCUUCCGCUUCGCUUACUACAAGCUGCUGAAGAAAGCGAAUGAAGGCCUCCUCGCUCUCAGUCAGGAGGAAACCAUGCCGAUCUCCAUACGGCAGCUGGCCUACGUGUCCGGCCUCGGCUUCGGCUUCAUGAGCGGAGCGUUUUCAGUGGUGAACAUCCUGGCGGACUCUGUGGGACCGGGGACUGUGGGGAUCCACGGAGACUCACAGCACUACUUCCUGUCCUCAGCGUUUAUGACCAUGGCCAUCAUCCUUCUCCACAUGUUCUGGGGCGUCGUCUUCUUUGACGCCUGCGAGAAGCAGCGCUGGUGGGCCGUGGCUGCUGUCGUCAUCAGCCACCUCGUUGUUUCAUGUCUGACUUUCCAGAACCCUGAGUACGUCGCCAGCCUGGUGCCCACCUACGUCAUCUUGUUCCUGAUGGGCAUCUGGGCGUUUUACUCCGCCGGCGGCUCCCUCAGGAACCUCAAACUCUGCCUCACCUGUAAAGACAAAGACUUCCUGCUCGCCAAUCACAGGCCCAGAUAACGCAGCACGCCAGGCAGUGUGCAGGACUCUCUAUCCAAAGAUCACGAGUUCACACACACAUUCACAAACACAUCAUCACACACACACACACACACACACACACUGAACACAACGAUGAAGCAGUGUUAACCUGUUCAUCAGCUGUUUCACUUGAGAGGUAUGUCAUCAUCUUAAGUCUAAAAGUAAAAGCAGGUUCCUCGACGGAAAGGAACAAAAAGAUCAUUCGGAUUCACGUCCAGCUCAGAGGCUGUUUGUUUAUAGGAUGAGGUUUCAUUCAUAAAUACCUGAUAUCUGGCUGAUAGUUUCCCUGUUUGUUUCCUGAUGCUUCAGGAGAAACAAAAACCCACAAAACGUAGUUUUUAGGUUGGCGACACUCUUUACAUUCUGUACAUAUUCUAAUGUUUUCAGAUUUUCUUACAGCGAUCUUCUUUUCAAACGUGUCGAAUCUUUCAACGGGUGGAUUUAUCAUUUAUGAACAAAGCUCUGUGUAAAUAUUUAUGCAUUUUUAAUCCCCCUGAUGUGUAGAUUGUGAGAGGUUUUAACCUUUUUUCAAGAUGUGAUUUCUUUAUUCUCUGUACGAACUUGCCUUUGAUUUUGAAUGAAGCUGAGAGGAGACGCGGACCGCUGGUUAUUUGUUUAAUCCCAGUUAACCUGAGGUCAUGACUCCAUACUGCUGCGGGACAUGUCGAUUCUUUAAUUGUUUUUGAAUCAGAGCUUAAUUAUUUAUGUCUUAGGGCAUAUUCAUAUUAGAUGUGAUUCAUUUGUUCACGUUUGAGUACGAUUGCCAGCCCUCUCUGCACCUGACGCUCAGCUUUCACAUCAGUAACGAUCAGUAACCAAGUUCACUUGUAUCAUCGUCUAUCUGACACUUGUUGUGAUACAGUGUAGAAAAGAGCGCUGCAGAUGGACACUGCUGUCCCGGGGACCGUCCUCAGUGGGAACCGGUGAAGCAGCAAGGUGACGCUCUGCUUUUGGCCGCAGGAGGAGCCGCUGAUGUCAGUUGCCGCCCACCAGAGCUCCGACUGCAGGUCAAAGACAGCAGCGAGGCCAGAUAGGUCUGUGCACUGCUGUCUGACAUUUAGGCGUCAGUUUAAAGUUGAGACUGUUUCAUAACCUCAAACCUCCCUGUAGUCGAGUUUAAUCAAAGUCCGCUCUCGUGUUGUGGCACAGUCGGUGUUCACACCUGAUUUGUACUGUAGCUGAGUACACAUUAACAGUACCAGAGUUUUCCAGCGUUAUUUCGGGUGUUUAGGGUCAGUGUGCCUGCGUUCGAUACACAUUGUUCACACUUAUCAAGCCAAGUGGACUGUGGGGUCUCGUGUACUCAGAUCCGAUCCCGGGUCCCUGAUUAGAAGGCCCCUUAAGUCAUUGUCACUGCCUUUGAUUGUUUUCGAUUGCAUGCUUGAGGAUUUGUAUCUUCAUCAGAGCUAAUUUGCUAGUUUGAAAGUUAAAUGCACAGACGUUUAAUUUCAGCAAAUUUAAUUUUCGUCAUCAUUUUUUUUCCUGCUGUUAGAUUUGUCCCUCUGCUGCUUCCAUACAGAGAGGUCAGAAGGUCAGACUAAAAAAAGGAGAAAACAGAGGAGGAAUUAGAAAAUGGUAAUUGGUACCCGCAGCAGUUUAUACCUGAUUAUCUCAUAAUUAUGAGGAGAAAAAUAUUAAAUAUUGCCAAGUAACAAGAUACUCAAGUCGAAUACCGAAGGUAACUGGAGUCAAACAAAAACUCAGCGUUCCUUUAGAUUAUUAGACAGUUCAUGUUCUUUAUUUCUCACUUUUCUGUGUACAAAAACCCUUAAUUAUAAAUGAAUCAAUAAGACCAUGAACAGGUGAAAGUUUCGGCUCAGUGAUCUUUGAAUGUUCAGCAUCUUUGUUGCCUUGUUUUGUGUUUGUGAGCGAGCGCAGGAGUUAAUGUGAACGGUGUCCGACACGUUAGAAACUCCAAACAAUUCCUGUUUCUCUUUUGCACCUGAUUUUGUUUUGUUGCUGAUCUGCUGGUACAGUUUGUACAGAUUACAGUCUGUGGUGUUUCUGCUGGUAGUUAAAGAUGGGAACUGGAACUUUUCGCGUUAAGCAUUUAUUGCUUUCCAGCGGUGUGCUGGCACUUCACUCCACACAGAAUCAAACGUAGCUUGUUCACGCGGGUAGAGACGACUUUAUUUCGGUUUAUUAGGUAACUAAAACUAAUCCAGUCUGUCACAAUAAAUCCUCCCUGAAGAUUA